AUGGCCUCUGAGACCCACAUGCCAGGCCCUGUGUGCCUCAUUGAGAACGUGAGAGAACAGCUGAUGGUGAACCAGGAAGCUCUGGGGAUCCUGUCCGCCAUCUCCCAGCCCGUCGUGGUCGUGGCCAUCGUGGGCCUGUACCGCACAGGCAAAUCCUACCUGAUGAACAAGCUGGCUGGGAAGAAAAAGGGCUUCUCUCUGGGCUCCACAGUGCAGUCUCACACCAAAGGAAUCUGGAUGUGGUGCAUGCCUCACCCCAAGGACCCAAAGCGUACACUAGUCCUGCUGGACACCGAGGGCCUGGGAGAUGUUGAGAAAAAGAAAUGCUUUGUCUUCGAUAGACCCGCUCAGCGAAAGAAGCUGGCCCAGCUGGAGACACUGCGUGAGGAUGAGCUGGACCCGGAAUUCGUGGAACAAGCUGCAGAAUUCUGCUCUUACAUCUUCAGCUCUUCCAGGACUAAAACUCUGCCGGGAGGCAUCCAGGUCAACGGACCUCGUUUAGAGACCCUGGUGCAGACCUACAUCGCUGCCAUCACCAGUGGGGGUCUGCCCUGCAUGGAGAACGCAGUCCUGGCCCUGGCCCAGAUAGAGAACACAGCUGCAGUGCAGAAGGCCUUGGCACACUAUGACCAGCAGAUGGGGCAGAAGGUGUAGCUGCCUACAGACAUGCUGUAGGAGCUGCUGGACCUGCACAGGGCCUGUGAGAGGAAGGACAUCCGGAUCUUCAUGAAACAUUCCUUCAAAGAUGUUGACCAAAAGUUUCAAAGGAAAUUGGCAACACAGCUACAAAAGAAAUCUGAUAAGUUCUGCGAACGGAAUAAGAAAGCAUCUUCAGAUCGUUGCUCAGCUUUACUUCAGGAUAUUUUCAGUCCCCUAGAAAAAGAAGUGGAACAAGGAAUUUACUCUAAAUCAGGGGGCUACCGGCUCCUCCUUCAGAAGGUGCAAGACCUGAAGAAAAAGUACCAUGAGGUGCCCAAGAAGGGGAUACAGGCUGAAGAGGUUCUGCAGAAAUACAUGCAGUCCAAGGAGGACAUGAUUAAUGCCAUUCUACAGACAGACCAGACCCUCAUAGAGAGAGAAAAAGAGAUUGAAGUGCAACGUGCAAAAGCUGAAUCUGCAGAGGCUGCCUUGAAAAUGCUGGAGGAAAUGCAAAGGAAGACUCAGGAGAUGCUGGAGCAGAAAGAGAAGAGUCAUCAGGAGUUUGUCAGACAGCUGACCAUGAAGAUGGAGCAGGACAGGAUGCAGAUGAACAGGGAGCAUCAGGCAACUCUGGAUCUCAAACUCCAGGAACAAGCCAAUAUACUAAGAGAAGGAUUCCAAAAUGAGAGCCAACAACUUCAUGAGGAGAUAAAGCAACUCAAGAGCAGCAAGGACAACUCAGGUCGCACAUGCAUGGAACCUAUUUUGAUUUUCCCAAGACCUGUAUUACUCUCCUUUACACCUCCCUCUUCUUCCCAUGUAUUCCCUCCAUUUUCUUGUUACUUUGUCUUUCACAAAGACAACGUAAAGAUGUUGGAGGUGCAGCUUGUGGCUGUUCCUGUUCUGUUUUCCUAA